GGCAGGAUCAGUGCCCCGGGAUAGGAUCGUUCAAUUCCAGCAUUUUUACUAAACAAAAAACAGUAGGCGAGAAACCGCUCACUCUCCAGUAUAAAGCCGCCAUGUAUAUUUUAUAGACAAAUUUUACACAAUACUUUAAAUUUGAUUGGUGGGUGUUUGAUUGUUUUUGCCUUGUCCCAAUCUAAAUCUUCUGUCGAUUUGUUUCGACUGCUUUCGAUUCAAGAUGGCGACUACACCAGCGACCAACCCUUCACAGUUGCUCCCACUCGAGCUUGUGGACAAAUGUAUCGGCUCCAGGAUACACAUAGUGAUGAAAACCGAUAAAGAAAUAGUCGGCACACUGCUCGGCUUUGAUGACUUUGUCAACAUGGUGCUGGAGGAUGUCACAGAGUUUGAGAUCACCCCAGAGGGAAGGAGGAUAACCAAACUGGAUCAGAUCCUCCUUAAUGGAAACAACAUCACCAUGCUCAUCCCCGGUGGAGAAGGACCCGAGGUUUAAACAGUCGGCUCUCCUGCAUCGGUUUUGCUCCUGAGUUUGUAAUUUUCUAUCAUUGAUGUCUUUUCUGGGUUUUUGUAUCAGGAAAAUAUUUUCAGUUAAGAUUUUUUAU